UCCCCGAGAACUGCGCGCUUAUGAGACUGCGCGUGCCCGAGAGAUCAGCGCGCGCGGGGAGUCACAGUCGCACCGCAGGACAGACAGAGUCAGUGACAGUACAGACCCGAACCAGAGACCAGUGACGGGACCAGAACCACUUCUGCGCUGUAUCAGAUUGAACAGAAGAACAGAGCAGGAGAUCAGAUCUUCUCUGUGUUGGAUGAGUUUGUGUCUGAAUGCAGUUGAAGGCGGGACUGAACUCACACCAGAUGCGGCUCAUGAUGGACACGUGGAGGGACGGCUGUUUGGUUCUGCUGGUGAUAUUUCUGGGUCACAUGAUCAGCGCACAGGAGGUCCCUCUUGACCCGAAACUUCUGGAAGGAUUGCCGCAGCCUCCCACAAUCACCCAUCAGUCUCCAAAAGAUUACAUCAUCGACCCGCGAGAAAACAUCGUCAUCCACUGUGAGGCCAAAGGAAAACCCCGUCCCAGCUUCUCAUGGACGAGAAACGGGACUCAUUUCGACAUCGAUCGAGAUCCUAAAGUGAUCAUGAAGCCUCAUUCAGGAACUCUUGUGAUUGACAUCAGCGGAGGAGAGAGAUCUGAAGCGUAUGAGGGCGUUUAUCAGUGUACCGCUCGCAACGAACUCGGCACCGCCGUCUCCAACAACAUCAUCAUCCGACAGUCCAGAUCUCCUCUGUGGUCUAAAGAGAGAAUGAAACCCAUCAUUGCACAGGAAGGAGAAUCUUUAAUUCUGCCCUGCCGCCCCCCAGCCGGACUCCCCCCACCCAUUAUAUUCUGGAUGGACAACAAUUUCCAGCGUCUGCCUCAGAGUCGCCGAGUUUCUCAGGGGCUCAACGGAGAUCUGUAUUUCUCUAACAUCCAGACGGAAGACUCCAGAAGCGACUACAUCUGUUAUGCUCGAUUCCCACACACGCAGACCAUACAGCAGAAGCAGCCAAUCGCGGUCCGCGUGCUCAACAUGGAUUCAAUGAAUGACACACUGGCAGUUUAUUUCAAUGACUCUGGUUUGUUUAGUGAUAAACCAUCAGAGGAGCGAGCGCCCACAUUCAUGAUUCCCAGCGGCUCCAGCAGCUCUAAACUGGUUCUGAGAGGAGAGACUCUUGAGAUGGAGUGUAUCGCCGACGGCCUUCCCACUCCAGAGGUGUCGUGGAUGAAGCUCAGCGGUGAGAUUCCCAGCGGACGCGCUUCAUUCCUGAACUUCCACAAGACUCUGCGGAUCACAGACGUGUCUGAGGCAGACGCUGGAGAAUAUCGUUGCACUGCCAAGAACCGACAUGGCUCGACUCAACACACCAUCAGAGUCUCCGUCAAAGCUGCUCCGUACUGGAUCAGCGCUCCCAGGAAUCUGGUUCUGGCUCCAAUGGAGACGGGCAUCAUCACCUGCCGGGCGAGAGGACACCCCAAACCCACCAUCAGCUGGUCCAUGAACGGAGUGCCAAUCGAGAACGCUCCUAAGGACCCCAGCAGGAAGGUUGAAGAUGACACUAUCAUAUUCUCAGAGGUUCAGACGGGCUCCAGUGCUGUUUAUCAGUGUAAUGCAUCCAAUGAAUACGGAUAUUUACUGUCCAACGCUUUCGUCAAUGUGCUGGCCGAGCCGCCCAGAGUUCUGACUCCCCCUCAUAAAGUCUAUCAGGUCCUCAUGAACAAACCCGCUCUGCUGGAGUGUGCGUCAUUCGGUUCGCCGAUACCAACCAUCACAUGGUUUAAAGACAGUCGCUCCAGCACGUUAGAGGGAGAUCCAUAUGUGUUUCAUAAGAACGGGACUCUGGAGAUUCAUGUGUCUCAAGCUUUCAACAGCGGGAAAUACACGUGUGUCGCCCGGAACUCACUCGGCAUCUCUGAGAACCAUGUGUACCUGGAGGUCAAAGAGCCGACACGGAUCCUGCGUCCACCGGAGUACAGGGUGGUCCAGAGGAACAGAGACGUGGUGUUUGAGUGUAAAGUGAAGCACGACCCCUCUCUAGUGCCCACCAUGACGUGGCUCAAAGACAACACAGAACUGCCUGACGAUGAGAGGUUUCGAGUGGAUUCAGACAGUCUGACCAUCACUGAUGUGACAGAGAGUGAUGCAGGUACAUACACGUGUAUCGUGAACACGACACUGGAUGAAGACUUGGCCAGCGCUCGGCUCACUGUGGUCGAGGCCACACCUACUCCUGCUGUGAUUUACGGACAGCCUGAUGCUCCCACUGAUCUGGAGCUGACUGAUCCCGGAGCGAGAAGCGUUCAGCUCACCUGGACACCUGGAGAUGAACACAACAGUCCCAUCAAGAAGUUUGUGAUUCAGUAUGAAGAUGGUCUUCAUGAGAGCGGCGUGUGGCACAAUCUGACUGAAGUUCCUGGAACAAAGACGACCGCUCACCUGAAGCUCUCGCCGUAUGUGCAUUACACAUUUAGAGUACUGGCACUCAAUGAUGUGGGAUACAGUCAGCCCAGUGCCCACUCACGACUGUACAGAACCAACCCCGCAGCUCCUGAUGUGAACCCCAGUAAUGUGAGCGGCUUCGGCACUGAACACAAUAAUCUAGUGAUCACAUGGACGGCGCUGACGGGUCUGCAGUCGAACGGUCCUGGACUCCAGUAUAAAGUCAUGUGGAGACAGCAGGAUGUGGAGGAGGACUGGACGUCUGUCAAUGUCGCCAGCGUUUCUAGGUUUACGGUGUCUGGGACGCCCACGUUUGUCCCAUAUGAGGUGAUGGUUCAAGCGAUGAAUGAUUACGGUCACGGACCCAAACCUGCUGUCGUCAUUGGAUACUCAGGAGAAGACUUUCCAGCGGCCGCACCUCGUGAUGUUCAGGUUCUGGUGAUGAACAGCACACUGGCUGAAGUUCACUGGAGUGAAGUUCCUCUCAGAUCAGUGCGCGGACGACUGCGGGGGUACAAGAUUCAUUAUCAUCGUGAGAGGAGUUUACACCGACACAACUCACAUCACAGUGAACGCAGAACUGAAUCAUUCGGCCCGCACAAAACCAGUGGCAAACUGCCACACCUGCACCCAUACAGCGUCUACAGUCUGCACGUGACGGCAUUUAACGGGCGAGGAGAGGGUCCCGCCAGCUCUGUCCAACGCUUCGAGACACCUGAGGGAGUUCCUGGUGUGCCGUCGUACUUCAGAGUGUCUGGUUCAGAUCUGGACAAACUGACGCUGGAGUGGGGUCCACCUCACGAGAGGAACGGCCGUCUGACGGGAUACACACUCAAAUAUCAGACAGUCAACAGCAGCAGUGAAGUGGGCGUGUUAGAGGAGCUAAACCUGCCGACCAAUCACACGAGCGUAACGCUGCACAACCUCAAGCACAGCACACGAUACAAGUUCUAUUUCAGCGCUAAAACACAGAAGGGCCCGGGGCCCGCGCUCACAGACGAGGCCCUCACCAUCAUCGAUAAAGCGGUGCCGAUCGCCCCAGUGUUUGGGAACGUUAGCUCGUCAGUGAACGAGGACGGAGCGUUAAUCAGUUGGGAAUACUGGGGCCUGGAAAAACACCUUUAUGUUGAAUAUAUUAUAGACGACAGUGAUGAAGACUGGCAUGCAGAGAAUGUGAACGGCUCUCAGUUCCACGUUCUUAAAGGGUUGAAAGAAGGUUUGGCAUAUAAAGUGCGUGUGGUUGCCAGAGGUCAUGAUGAUGAGACGCUCCAUCACUCUGAAGAGCUGUUGAUUAAGGUCCCAGCGAUGGUGAGUCCUCAGGUAGAUAUCGCCACUCAGGGCUGGUUCAUCGGUCUGAUGUCAGCGAUUGCUCUCCUCAUCCUCAUCCUGCUCAUCAUCUGCUUCAUCAAGAGGAAUAAAGGCGGGAAAUAUCCAGUGAAAGAGAAGGAAGAUGCUCAUGGAGAUCCAGAGAUUCAGCCCAUGAAAGAUGAUGAUCUAACGUUUGGAGAGUACAGUGACGAGGAUCAUAAACCGCUGAAAGGGAGCCGAACGCCGUCCAGUGGAACCGUUAAACGAGACGACAGUGACGACAGUUUAGUUGACUACGGCGACUCCGGAGACACGCAGUUCAACGAGGACGGAUCGUUUAUCGGACAGUAUAGCGGGAAAUCUGAGCGAGACACAUCACGCGGGCACGAGAGCUCAGAGCCGCCCUCGCCCGUUAACGCCAUGAAUUCAUUUGUGUAGCUCGACGUGACGCAGCGGAUGCAGUUAUCCACGUGAUUCUGCACACUGACUGAUGAAACCGUUUUAUUAGAGAUGAAUGGAGCGGAUCGCUCUGUAACACGUGCCGAUUGGAAGUGGACGGACUUUUACACGCGACCGAUGAGCGAACACACUUGACUUCAGUCAACACUAACACACAAUGACUCUGUUCAGAAUGGCACACUGUUAGAAUACUCAGGAUUGAUUUCCUGUCAAAUGUUCAGUAUUCAACCAGUGUUACUCAAAAGUAAUCCAUUACAAAUGACUAAUUACUUCUCUAAAAUCAGACUGUAUCACUGAUUCUUCAUUGAAAAGUAAUCUGAUUACUAAUAACUUGUUACUUUCUAAAACAUUUUCUGCUCAGGAAAUUCAAAAUAAUGUCUUUUAUUCCUCAUUCACUCCAUAAAUGACUCCUUUAUUAGUGACACAGACAUUUAAAUGAGCAGAAUUCAUGCUUUAAAUGUAUUCUACAGAAAUAUUAUUUUUGAAAUAUGUGAAACCCAGUUAUGUACUUAAAAAUAAUUGAAAGUCAGUAACUAACGUGAUUACAAGAAUUUAAAAUGUAAUGCAUUAUGCUACUUUUUGACUAAAGGUAAAUAGAUUAUAGUUACUAAUUACUUUGUAAUUGGAUUACAUCCAACACUGUAUACAACAGAUGACACCUCAUGUGUAAUGCACUCCACUUGACCUGAUAUUUCCUUUACAAAUGCAAUGCAGAAAAUUAUUUUCUUACCGAGUAUUUUUGUUUUAUUUUCCAGUACACUAAAAAAAAUUAUUAUUUUAAGAUUUACGCAUUUUCAUUUCAUAACAAAAUUCCAUCAAAUUGAUUUGAGUAAUCUUUAAUAAAAUAAAGAAGAAAAAAAAAACUAAAUAUUUUUUUAAAAACAUUACACAAUUCAAUUUGAUGGAAUUUUGCAAUAAAACUGAAAUGUGUAAAUCUUUUAAAUAUUUUUUAAAAAUUAAAAAAAUAUUGAAACAUUCUUAGAAACAAGAAAAAAUGUCUUAAGAAGCAGAAAGUCAUAAGAUAAAAAAUGUAACAAGCUUUAGUGGAGUUUAUUAAAACAAGUUAUUAGUCAAUGGAGUGCGAAACAUAAACUUAAAAAGUUUUUUUUUUUUCUUACCACAUUCAGUAAAGCAUGAAUAGCAUAAACUUUACUACAUUUGAGUAAAAAUGUUUUUUUUUUUUUUUUUUUUUUUUUUUGUAGGUCAUUUUGCUUCUCAAGUAAAUGUAUCCUGUUUCGAUAUUUUUACAAGAAAAAAAAUUUUUUUAUUUUAUUUGUAUUUAUUUUUUUGCAUUGUGAACCAGCAGUAAUAUGAACUGACAUUUAAUGAACAUAUUUCUUCAUUAUUUCAUCAGACUGCCAAAUGCUCAGACAUGUUUACACAAAACUGAGCUCAUAAUGCAAAAUAUCCGUAUUUCUAUAUUUACAAGAUAACUGUAGUAUAAUUCUGAUUUAAGCAUUUAGCAUGGACUAAUGCUACUGUUUCGUUUAAUAUUUAAAAUAGUAUUUAGUAAACAACACAAUUAUUCCAUUCUGGACACAGCCAACAUAUCCGUGCAUGCAGACAAUAAUCUGAUAUUACACACAGAGACUGUACCAUGCUCUUCAGAAAUAAUAAAAAGGCUUUCAUUUGUUUCUAAUAUAGGUUUGUUUUACUGUAAGUGUACAGGCAAAAUACUCCACUGUACUUCUCUGUUGCAAGUGUAAGUCUGUUUUCACAAGACCGAUAUAGUGCAAAGAACAACUGAGAGAUGCGUGUUUGAACACCUGCAUCAUCCAUACACAACCCCAUCAUGACCUGUGUGUGAACCUGUGCAGUUUCCAUAGCAACCCAAAGCAUGACAUGCUCUUCCUGUCUGGUGACGGUCGUCAUGAAGCUCUUCACUGCGUUGUGCCUUUACUGUGAAUAUCUCAAUGAAUCGGCAGUUGACAGCAAACGCGUUUAGAUCGAGUACUGAAAUAUGAGAUUGAUAAAUUGAACGAAAGAUGGAAACUGAAUUGUGUUUGUUAUUCCAAUCCAAUCAUUUUUAAUGUUACAAUGUAGAAAUGCAACUAGAAUCCAUCUGAGAAAAAUGAGAUUUUACGGCGAAUCUCACAAAGAAAUGUUCGGGUCAUAUUUCACAUCAAAUCAGGAGAAAAAUGAUACAUUUUUCUCUAUAUAUACAGUAUAUAUGGUAUUACAGGAGGAAAUGUGUUUGUCACAACGUCAACAGACAAGUCUGAAAGGGUCCAACAAACAGGAUUCAUUUUCUUUAUACACGAUAUACUUGAGUGUUUAAUAUGAGCUGCACAUUUUUAACAGGAUUCUGUAGAUCAGGUUAUUAAAUGUACUUGCCGUGUGUGAGUUUGUGUGCGUAUAAAAGAUUAUGAUUUUUUUUUUUUUUUCAUAACUUGCAUCAAGUUUGAAUUUGAAAUAUAAGCUUUUUGUAUAGAUAUUGUGUCACCUUUAUUAAUAAAUGAGUUUGGGGUUUGAGGUGCAGGUCAUGUGACCUGUGAUGUGUGUAAUAUGAACUUGCUGUAAUUAUUGUUUAUUCAGACGGUCGGAUUGUUUUAUUCAUAGUCAGCUCAUAUUUAUUUAUCUCUUAGUUUAACACUUAUCAUGUUAUUAAAGUCUGCAGGUUUAUUGCAAUACAAGUCAUGUACAUGUGCUACAAUAUAUAGAGGAAAACAACUCAUAUUUAUGAUCAUUAUUUCACUCAUCUUCAUGAAAUAUACAGACUGUAAUGGAACAAGCUGUUGAAUUAUUUAGGGAUUUUAUAAUUAAUCAGAACUAUUGUAGCUUCAGGAUUUACUAAUCACACGUGUUUUAUUUAAAUGACUUCAUUUGAGAGUUGGAGAUGAUGUAAAUAUAAGACUGAUAAUAAUACAGAAUGAAAGAAUAAAUGUAAUUGUUAUAUA